UUCUCACUGGGUCACGUCUCUCCAGCUCCGCUUCAGCCCUUUGUUGAAAUGCUUCAGCCUCUCGUGUCAAUUUCGUGGAGGGUAUUUUCUUGAGUUUCACAGUCAGAGAAGAGUAAUGUCAGUGCACAGCAGUGAAUCAGAGGACAACAGCAGCUUUGAACUUGAAAACAGUGGGGGUCACCUGCCAUGUUCUGCCUCUGGUCUUGACUCACCUAAAUUAACUGUCGUGGUCGGAGACACUCGCUUCUCCGAGGAGAAGAUGUUACUCGUUCAGAGCUGCGACUACUUUCGAGCUCUGUACCGCUCUGGGAUGAGGGAGUGUCGGCAACAGGAAAUCCACCUCAAGUCUCUGCGUGCUCGAGGCUUCCUCAUCGCCUUGGCGGUUUUACGCGGGGAGAUGCCCGUCCUGGAUGCCGACGAUAUCGUUGAGGCCAUUGAAUGUGCUGCUUUCCUGCAGGUGGCGCCUCUCACUAAGCACCUCAUCGACCUUGUCGACUCUGACAAUUGCUUGCUGAUGUAUCACACCGCUGCAACCUUCGGCCUCAUGGAUCUUUACCACGCUGCUGCUCUGUUCAUCCGAGACAUGUACGUCGACCUGGAGGCGGAGGUCAGGAAAACCUUACCGUCAGAGCUGAUCUCCUACGUGGAGUCUCUGACCCCGAGUGUUUUCAUGGCCGUCGGGACCCAUGUCACCUGUGGCGUGGAUGAAAAUGUAUAUGCUGCCUCCAGGACUGUCUGCUACCUGGAUGAAACUGGCAAUGAUUGGAAAGUAUUAACCGAUCUUCCACUGGAGGCCAGCACCUCCAUGGCUGGAGUGACUGUUUUAGACAACAACCUCUACGUUGUUGGAGGAGUUCAUGGAGUCCAUAAACAAGUUGUGGACUCUUGUUUCUGCUACAGUGUUGAAAACAACAGCUGGAGCAGGAUCGCCAGUCCGGCACAGCUGCGCUACAAUCUGAGCCUUGUGGGUGCAGACAGGCAUCUUUACGCCAUUGGGGGAGAAUAUGAGCGAACAGUGAUGUCAUCUGUGGAAAGAUAUGACGUAAAGACUGGCAGGUGGACGUUUGUCGCUCACUUACCUCGCCCGGCGGCGGGCGCGGCAUGCACCAGAGCUAUGAGAAGAGUAUUUGUGUGUUUAUGGAGGCCGAUGGAGACCACAGAGAUCUAUGAGUAUGUCUCAGCUAAAGACGAGUGGCGGCUAGUCACCACGCUGAUCAGGCACCAGAGCUAUGGCCACUGCAUCGUCGGCCACAGGGACAACUUAUACGUCAUGAGAAACGGGCCAUCCGACGACUUCCUGAGAUGUCUGAUGGACUGUUACAAUCUAACCUCGGGCCAGUGGUCGUCUCUGCCGGGACACUUCGCCAACAGCAAGGGUUCACUGUUCACCGCUGUGGUGAGAGGCGACUCUGUGUUCACUCUCAACAGGAGCGCGACUCUGGAGUACGCCGUCGACGGUAAAACCUGGAGGCCCCGACGGCAGAUGAAGGGUUUUCCCAGAAGUGGAUCUGUGUGGACGUUUCUGCUCCGGCUGCCAGACGCUCUUGCGCUGCAGCAGUGACUUCACUGGCUCUGGGGUUCAUUGGAUUAUCGACACCUUUUUAAUCUCAGACAUGUAUUUUACAAAGACCUGUGCUACAAUAAAUGUAAAAGAUCGUUACCGUUUAUAACAGCUACGGGUUUUCAUAGUUUUGUUCAGCGUUUCCGUCAGUAAUGAUAAUAAUGUUCUUACCAAGGUGUUUGCUGAGAUCUGGGGACGGGGUGACAGCCCUAAAAAGUGGUCCAACGGGGUCUGCGAAUAGGGUUUCCUGUAGUGCUGCCCCUUGUGGUUGGGGUUAGGGUAAGGGGAAACACAAACUAAUUGGAGAAACAGACUUGGACACGACGGAGGUUCCAUCUACUCAAGUGUCAAGUGUCAACUGUCUCGUACCUCGAAAAAAUCCAGAUGUGAUCUGAUGCAUCAUUGACACAUCCUUUGAUAGUCUUACCCUUCAGUAUGACAGUUACUCUAUAUAUUUUUCUGUGUGGCGUCAUACAGCUGCGCCGUCAUUAUCGUGAAAACCGAUUAAACAAUGCCGGUGGACCAGAUAUCCUCACAUACAAAUCUGGUUAUCGUUAUGGUUUUUGCCACAAUUUGUAAAAGCGAGCAGUCUGGUGAGGCUGAACAGUUGGUGCAGUUGCUCCACUCUCUUCCGGUGCCUCCUCUGCCUCGCUCGUGUUUCGGCACCUUGUUGUCAUUGUAGAGUAAGGCAGCGCUUUUUCACAGAGCUGGAAAAACAGACUCAUUUUUGUUGAUAAAUUUUCCGUCUACGGUGAAGAACCCGAAACACGUCGUCACACUGCUUCUCAGAUGCUUCGGUGUCGUAAUUGUUGUCCCGUAACAUUGUCUUGUUCUUGCUGAGGGACUUUGGGGGCAUUUUUUUGAUAUUAACGUUUUUUGAUGUUGUUGGUUUACAUCAGAAAUGUGUGGAAACAAAGCAGAAAACAAUUUUUCAUCUCAAACUGAAAACCUGUUGCGAUAAAGCUGGGAUUAUUAUAGAAAUCAGUCACUGAAGGGAAGUUGUAAGAGAAAAAUAAGUAAAAUUUAAGUUUGUAUGACUCAGUGCCCUCCACCAUCAUCCGGAUGUGUUUAAUCAAUGAAACUGUAAUUGUGUUACAUCAGUGUGUCACUCAGUGCCAUGUGAACCCCAGUGUUCGUCCUCACACAGGGCCUCU